AUGCCCCAUUCCGGUAAAGGAAGCCAUCCAAAAACAACGAAUUCUACACGUACUCAAGUGAAGCCUAUUCCAAAUUUACGUGUUGAUGACGACACUGAGAGAGUGGAAGCUACCAUUUUUUUCUUACGUUGCCAGGAGUGGAUGACAAGAAAAUACAUUGAAGAGAUACGCAUAUUAUAUCUUAAACCACUAGAUGAACUAUAUAGUGAGAGAAAACGAGUAAUUGAAUCUGUAAGUAAAUCGUUGGAACCUUCAAGUAGUGGUUCAGCACAUGAAGUAAUUGCUACAAAUGGCGCUGGUGAUAACCGUCUAACGAGCAUCGAUAAAGUCACCGAAAAAUUACAACAAGCGCUAAAAGCACUAAAAGAAGAUGAUGGAGGUGCAACACGGGGUUAUCGACCACUAACUCGUGAAAAAACAGUUUCAUUAGCUGACUGUUGCGCACUGUAUCGGUUGAAGACAAUUCUAAAAGCAAUGCAUGAACUAUUGGAUAUACAAGCAAAUUUGGAUAAAUGGUUCGAAAAUAAUAAAGCCAAUAUGAAUAAACAUAAGGGGCUCUUAAAAAAUUUAUUAAUUAAUGCUCUUACAAAUUUUGAAAUGGCAUAUAUAAUCACAGAAUUAUUUGCUAUUCAACAAGUGCCACUACAGGAAAUUCAGGAAGCUAAACCAGAAUAUAGCAAAUAUAUUCGACCACACGUUGGUGUAAGGGAUAUUGAGAUUGUCAACAAACCACUCAAAAAUGGAGUUAUUACGAGAGAAUGUAUAAAAAAACUUGAGGGACAGAUCAAUCAUUUUAGGACAGUUGUGUAUGAGAUGGGGAAGAAUCUUGAGAUUAUUAUUCAGACAAUUGUUGCGAAUAUUCGAAAUCAUCAUUUGGAGGUAAACGUAAAAGAGGUAGCAACAAUCAUCGAUAAUUUACCGCCUAGAUAUCGUUUUCCAGAAACGAUUCAUCUCACGCCUUUUGCAAAAAAGUUGUUGACAAAUGCAUCACUGAGUGUGGAAACGGGCGAUGUAUUUGGCAAUUGCUUGGAUAGUUCACACAGUGUUAGCAAUAAUAAUUCGAAACUAUUAACUCAACCAUCACAAACACCUACAUCACGCUCUACUCGAAAUCGUUCAGGCAGUUGA